AUGAGAGAGAAAGAUGAGAGAGGUAGAGAGCGAGCGGUGGUGAGAGAUAGUGGGUGGGGGAGUGAUCGAAUCUUGCUGCAGAAUCAGGAUCGACUAGGUUUCUCUUUUAGAUGUAGGGGCUGUUCGGUUGAACUUGUGGAAGACUGGUCUUUCUCGGAUGCAGGCUUCCGAUUCGCGGUGCGGUCAAUUGGUAUGACACAUUUUAUUUUUCUUGAUGAAGCUUUGAUUGAUUGGCUGCAAGGAGUGUUGCAGGUGGCAUUGAUGCAGGGUUGGAAGUUUUCUGGGAAAGAUGUGAGACGCAGCGGGUCUCUAGUGAUUCAUGUUGGGGGUGUUCUUAAGAAGGGAGAGCGUUAUCUUCGUGUAUCAGAAUCUUGCAGGACAGGACAAAUUUUCUUUGUGUUGGUGCCUAUGGAUGAUUUCACAAUGGGCUGGUCGUCACUUCUUAAAUCCAUUCAGAGUUUGUCGAAAGGCAUUCUUGAGAGACGGCGUCUCUCCACCGCAUCGAUUUCGUCUCAACGAAUUGGUAUUUCGAGAAAAGUAAACAUGACGAGGGAGCGUUCUCACCCUUCUUUUGCUGAUCUCUUCAAGGCGGUGGAGUGGCCAACUGGGGGAAAUUGCUCCGCGCAGACGCGUAAAGGUUCUAAGGUCGUGGUGGUCUCGAACAAAGGGGUGAAGGAUCAAGAGGAUUUUCUCCGGUCAUCUUUAAUUUUGAGGUUGGUCGGGCGAGUUUGGGUUCGGAUUGAUGGAAUCCCCCUUCAUUUACGUGAGCUUUUGGAACAACUUGGUAAGUUUUGUGGGGAGGUCAGAGAAGUUCAAGAUCAAGGGGUUUCCCUUAAUGAGAUUAGAAUCCGAAUCAUUCCCAACGAGGUGAUCCCAGAGGAAAUUCCUCUUUGCUUUGGAACUUUAGUUUUUCCCUUGAGAGUUACUGUGGAACCAAUGGGUCCUCAACCUUCCAUCGAUUCCGGCGAACGCUUUCUUCAUGGCUGGAAGGGAAAGGGGCGUGGUGUAUACGUGCGGAGGAAUAGAGUGGAUGGCAUGGAAAUGGCUUCGGAUGGCCCACGUACUGAGACAUUAAGACCGAUGGGUCAGAUGGUUGCGUGUGAAGGGGUAGAUGCAAUGUUUCGUCAGGAUAAUGGCAGAAAAGCUUUAGUUGAUGGUGAUGGGUUUAUACGGUCCCCAAGAGAUGUCCCUCUGGCUUCUAGUGCUAUUUCAAGGAGUGGUGAUAUUGUGGGAGGUGAGAAUUUGUGUGGUCAAGAUAAUAUGAUGGUUGUUGAAAAGGGUGAAGGUAGCAAAGAUGUGGAUACGUUGGUGGGUUUGGAGUUGGUGGAAGAGGUGGUGGGGCAAAGGGUUGAAAGGGUUGGACAGGCCCACGGUUUUGCAAGAAAGGAAGAAGGUUGGAAGAAUCAAGUGAGUCCCCAGACAUCGCAAGGGAAGAAACUCUUCAUGAGGUGUUACUUAGAAGAAAAAAGACUACUUCUCGAUCCCCUCAAGAAAGAGCUCUUCGCCAACUAG